GUAUCUUCAUCUGGAGUAAUUCAACUCGAUAUUGAAUAUAAGCAUACAUUUAAAUUAUUUUACCAGUAUUUAAAAACACUGGGUGAAGAGCUUGCUUACAGGGACGUGAUAUAAAAUCAUUUAAGGCUGCAAGGAAUAUGGCAUUGGCAAUAAUGUUAUCUCUUCGUCUUUCGCUGUAUUUUGUGUAUAGCCUGGGUCUUAUUUCGGCAGACUUUAGAUUCUCUAUUCCGGAAGAAAUGCAUAAAGGUGCCCUCAUUGGAAAUGUUAUUAAAAAUCUGAAUUUGAACCUGGAAGGAUUGUCUUCUAGAAAAUUCCGUCUUAUUUCUAAGGGAGGUAAGCAGUAUUUUGCUAUCAAUUUAGAGAACGGAGACAUAUUUGUUAAUGAAAGGAUAGACCGAGAAGGUAUUUGUGGGAAGACGGUUCCUUGUUUUCUUGGACUUCAGAUCGUUUUAUCAGCUCCUUUGGAAUUAUAUAAUAUUCAAAUUGAAGUAAAAGAUAUAAAUGACAAUUCGCCUGUGUUCCCAUUUAAAGAAGUACAAUUUAAUAUUUCAGAAUCAGUUUCUCCAGGAAGAAGGUUCCCUAUUGAGAGUGCCUAUGAUCUUGAUGUGGGCUCAAAUGCAGAAUGUAACUAUAGGAUUAACCCGAAUCAUUAUUUUAUACUAGAUAUCAGAAAUUCGAGUUACGGUGCCACUGUGACUGAGCUUGUACUCAAUAAAUCUCUAGACAGAGAAACAGAAUAUAUACAUUACCUUUAUCUCUUUGCAGAGGAUGCUGGCGAUUUUGCAAGAUAUGCCUCAUCUAGAAUCGUUAUUAAUGUGUUGGAUGCCAAUGAUAACCCACCUAGUUUUGAGAAACUAGUUUACAAUGCUAGUGUAAACGAAGGAGUGCAUGUAGGAACCUUGGUUAUUAGGCUUACAGCCACGGAUAUAGAUGAAGGCACAAAUGGAGAAAUAGUAUAUUCAUUUAAGGGCAAUAUACCUAGUGAGCACGAUCAACUGUUUGGAAUUAAUUCCUCCACUGGGGAAAUUAGAGUGAAAGGUGCUUUAGACUUUGAAGGGGGGAAGUUUUAUCAACUGUACGUUCAAGCUUCAGACAAAGGAAUCACCCCACUGCUUGGAUAUUGUAAGCUCCUGGUUGAAAUAAUAGAUAUCAAUAAUAAUGCACCAGAAAUAUUACUAACUUCAGUUUCUAGUCCCGUCCGAGAAGAUGCAGUUAUUGGGACUAUUGUAGCUUUUAUCGAAGUAAGAGAUUUGGAUUCUGGAUUAAAUGCACAAGUGCAUUGUCAAUUACAAGAAAAUGUUCCAUUUGUGCUCAAGUCGUUUGAUAAUUAUUAUACUUUAGCAACUGCAGGGCCGUUAGAUAGAGAAAAUGUUCCCUUUUACAAUAUCACGGUUCUUGCCACUGAUUCAGGGUCUCCUUCACUUUCAACUGAAAAAAAUAUUUUUGUCCAGAUUUCUGAUGUUAAUGAUAAUGCACCUUAUUUUUUAAAGGACUCUUUUAAUAUAUACAUACCAGAAAACAAUUCACCAGGAGAUUUCUUGUACCAAGUAAACGCCUUUGACCAAGACUUAAACGAUAAUGGGAAAAUUACAUAUUCUAUUUUGGAGAAAGAAAUCAAUGAUCUGCCUGUGGAACAUUAUGUAGUAAUAAGUUCGGAGACUGGGAAUCUAUAUGCACAAAGUAUUUUCGAUUACGAAAAACUCAAAGCGUUUGAUAUCCGGAUUCAAGCUGCUGAUCACGGAGAUCCACCCAUGAGCUGUAUUGUCAGUGUAAAUAGUGUUGUUGUUGACCAAAACGACAACGAUCCAGUCUUUUUGCAUCCCAUUAUAAAUGAUGGCACUGUGCCAGUAGAGUUGGUACCACGUUCUGCCGAAGCAGGAUAUUUGGUAACGAAGGUUAUUUCUGUUGAUGCAGACACUGGUCAAAAUGCUUGGCUGUCAUAUCAAUUCUUACAGUGCAGUGAUCCCACACUAUUCAGCCUUGAACCCCAAACCGGCGAAAUCAGAACCUUACGCACCCUUAAAACAUCAGAUUCUAGCAAGCAAAAGGUUAUAGUGCAGGUAAAGGACAACGGCCACCCCCCUCGGUCUGCUACGGUAGCCAUUGGCAUAUUACUGUUCGACAGUCUUCCACAAGUUAUCCCAGAAUUUGACGAAGAUACCAUCAUCCAGGAACAAAAUUUCCCCUUAAACAUGUACUUGAUCAUUGCUUUGGUUGCCAUUAGCCUUUUGUUUAUUGCUGUUUUAAUUAUAACAAUUAUAGCUAAAUUCCACAUGUUAUUGGCUCCACAUUUGGACUACGGACCGGCUGUAUGCUGGGAAGAUGCAUUUGACAGCAAUAAAAUAAAUAUUUCAGUGGAGCCAAAUACCGAACUAUUACAAGAUUUUACUGAUGUUUCUAAUUCGGGAAGACUUUCUGGUACUUACUAUGAGUCCUACCCGGUCUCUAAAUCUGAGAAUGACAAUUCAUCGCUUCCAGUUGGUGAGGGAGCAGAGGGAAUAAAUAAAAAUUGUUUCACUGACUUCAGAGUUCAUGGCUGGUACGUUCAGGUGCAAAAUGCAACAAGCCAGAAGAGCAAAGAUGGAAGUGGGGUAUGUAGUGCAAUACCAAUGGAAAAAACAGCAGUAUUAAUUUGCGGUGUAAACGAUGAAAACGCGUUUAGUAAAAUUUUGUAA